GACACAUUAUAGAAGUGUCCUUAAUUAGAUUGAUUAGAGGCACAUUAAAGUUCUCCCACUCCCUCUACGAUCUAAUUAACCCUCUCUAAUUAACCAUCACUUCUCUCCCUUCCUCCACACAACCUCAAUGUCGCAGCCCUAGCUUUGCCGUCGCAUUUCAGCCGCAUGUCGCCGCCGUUCCGCCGCUGCCGUUAACGAUCGCUCAAGCUGAGCGUAAAUCUGAUGAUGAUCGCCGGAGAAGCUCUGGAAUCAAACAUCACGGUGAUCGGACCGCUCGUUCUCCAAGCAAUUGCUCAUUGCACAUCCCCUAAUCAAAUCGAAGGCGUACAUCCGCGAUUUCACAUCAUCGCUUCACUACGUAUGCACUUCCAACUUCUCUAUUUCAUCCCGUCCACAUUCUUCAGGUAUCCAUCUCAUCAAGCGAAGAAAGGUUAUCUGAUAAUGACAUACUGGAUUCCGGAUGGACCUUUCUUGCUUUCUUCUAAUGCUAGUCAUUAUGUUGAAGUUGGCUCCUUUGUAAUCAAUCAUAAAGAUGAGUGGUACAAGAAAAACAUACUACUCUAGAUCUUCUUCAUCUUUGGAAAAUACCCACUGGUUUAAUUCUUGAG